AAAAGUUGUUGACUAAAUUAUGGGCGAUGUGUUGAUUUGAUUUGCUCGAAUUUUUGUUGUUAAUUUGAUAAGUGCAUGUAUGAAGCUUGGAAAUAGUUGAAUAUAUCUAGGAACACUUUCUUUCAUGAUGGGAAUUUUUACUUCGUGUUGUAAACCUUCCGCUUCCGAUGUUUUGACGCCAGAUGUUGAGACUAGAAGGCGUCAACAAGCUGAGGCAGCAGAGCGCAGGCAGGCAGAUCUGUCAUCACGAGGGGUGAAGGAUCCAGCUAGGGUACAACGUAUGCAGCAACGUGCUGAGGAAAUGGAAAAAAGGGAGAGGGAACUGCAGAAAGAUGGUGGACCCAAUUUGAGGUGGACAUCGGAAUGAGAUUGAAAGAAAGCUCAUGGGUUCAAAAUAGAUGAUAAAUACAAGUAAAAGGACAGGAAUUCAUUAAUAACAACUAGAAUUUCUUUAAAAAUUAUAUGAAAAUGAAUGCUUUUUUCUAAUUAUCCAAUUGUAUGCAAAGAAGUCAUUUGGAGCUUUUACAAUUUAGGUGCUACAUACAAUCUUAAAUACACUUAUCAAGUGUGUAUAGCAAUAUAAACUUUUUUACAUGAAAAAUGUUGUUAUUGAGAAGAAGAUAUACAUAUAAAAACAAAUUUGCAAACAUAUUUAAGUCAAAUUGCAUUUGUUUUAGUUAAAAGUAAGUACUUUUUGUUAAAUAAUUUAAUAAAUUUUUAUGUUAUGUAUUGUUAAGCCCUCAAGUUUAAACUUUUUGUUACUUAUUUGAUUAUCUAGUAAUAACUUAU